UUCUCGUCGGUGCGCCAGCGUGUGCGUAAAUGAUGAGUCUUUGCCAAUUUGGAGACUUUUAAAGUCUUUAGAAGGAUUAUGUUGGGCGGGGAAUUAGUCCGACAGACAUUUUGGAUUUAGGAUUUUUAUUCGUGCAGCUUCUUCGGUUGUGUCGAGUUGACAUGAUGGAGGUGGUGGAGGUCUUAGAGGUGACCUGCAGCAUCAUCAUCAUCAGAGGACAAAAGGAAGAGCAUGGAGAUAGUUCCAGAUGCUGACUGCACGGUACCUUCUUUUUUGGGACGGUGAUGGACCGCCUGUUUCUUGUGGUUCCGGUUCUGCUAGUUUGCAUGUGGCACGCUGGGGCUCAGGUUCUGCGAAUUGGUGGCAUCCUGGAGACACGCGAGCGUGAGCUGCUGAGUUUGGACGAGUUGGCGUUCAAAUUCGCUGUGAACAACAUCAACAGAAACAAGACGCUCAUGCCCAAUGUCACGCUCACCUACGACAUCCAGCGCAUCAACCCCAAAGAUGGAUUUGAGGCUUCGCGCAGAGUGUGUGACCAGCUGUCCCUAGGUGUGGUCGCCGUGUUCGGUCCAUCUCACAGCUCUUCCGUCAGCGCCGUUCAGUCCAUCUGCAACGCUCUGGAGGUUCCGCAUAUCCAGACGCGCUGGAAGCAUCCGUCGGUGGACAACCGGGACACCUUCUUCAUAAACCUUUAUCCCGAAUAUACCGCCAUUGCCAGGGCCGUGCUGGACGUUGUCACCUUCUUCAAGUGGAAGAAGCUCACCGUCGUCUACGAGGACAGCACUGGUUUGAUGCGAAUGCAGGAAUUGAUCAAGGCUCCCGCCAAGCUAAACCUGAAGAUGAAAAUCCGCCAGCUUACGCCCGGCAACCAGGACGCCAGGCCGUUGCUCAAAGAACUCAAGCGGGACAAAGAGUUCUUCAUCCUCUUUGACUGCUCCUAUAGCAUGGCCUCGGAACUACUCAAACAGCUUUCAUCCAUGGGAAUGAUGACAGAGUACUACCACUUCUUCUUCACCACUUUGGACUUGUUUGCAUUGGACCUGGAACCAUACCGUUACAGCGGGGUCAACAUGACGGGUUUCAGGCUGCUCAACAUCGAUGAUCCUCAGGUGGCCUCCACUCUGGACAAGUGGGCAACGGAGAGGGUACAGGGCCCCAAGCAGGACGGCGGCCUCAUGGAUGGCGUCAUGACUACCGAUGCGGCUCUGAUGUACGACGCCGUCUUCCUGGUGUCCGUGGCAUCGCAGCGUGCCACUCAGAUGACUGUUGGCUCUUUGCAAUGUCACAGACACAAGCCCUGGCGAUUUGGACCUCGAUACAUGAAUCUUUUUAAAGAGGCACAGUGGGACGGACUGACAGGCCACAUCGUCCUCAACAAGAGCGACGGCCUGCGACGGGAGUUCGACUUGGACAUUAUCAGCCUGAAAGAGGACGGUAGCUCCAGGGGUGUCUUGGAGGGUGGAAGUCGCCUCACCAAAAGAUGGAUUAAGAUCGCCACGUGGAGCUCGAUGAAAGGAAUGCACCUGGUUGAGAAGUCCUCAUCGAAUAACAACAACGUGACCGACUCGCUGGCCAACAGGACACUGAUUGUCACGACCAUCCUGGAGAACCCAUAUGUGAUGCACAAGAAGUCUGACAAGGACCUGAGUGGAAAUGACCGUUUUGAGGGUUACUGCCUGGACCUCCUGAAGGAGCUCUCCAACAUCCUGGGCUUUACCUACGAGGUCCGCCUCGUGGCCGACGGGAAGUACGGUGCCCAGAAUGACAAGGGCGAGUGGAACGGCAUGGUACGAGAGCUCAUAGACCAUGUGGCCGAUCUGGCAGUGGCGCCGUUGACCAUCACGUACGUGCGUGAGAAGGUGAUUGACUUCUCCAAACCAUUCAUGACGCUAGGCAUCAGUAUUUUGUACCGCAAGCCUAAUGGCACCAACCCGGGAGUCUUCUCCUUCCUCAACCCGCUGUCGCCUGAUAUCUGGAUGUACGUCCUGCUAGCCUGCACCGGCGUAAGCUGCGUGCUCUUUGUCAUCGCCAGGUUUACCCCCUACGAGUGGUACAAUCCGCAUCCGUGCAACCCAUCCUCCACGUUGAUUCAGAACAAUUUUACUUUGCUCAACAGCUUCUGGUUUGGUGUGGGUGCACUUAUGCGACAAGGCUCAGAACUGAUGCCCAAGGCUUUGUCCACCCGCAUCGUCGGGGGCAUUUGGUGGUUCUUCACCUUAAUCAUCAUCUCGUCUUACACGGCCAACCUGGCCGCGUUCCUCACGGUGGAGCGCAUGGAUGCGCCCAUCGACUCGGCCGACGACCUGGCCAAGCAGACCCGUAUCGAGUAUGGGGCGGUGAGAGAUGGCUCCACCAUGACAUUCUUCAAGAAAUCCAAGAUCUCGACCUAUGAGAAGAUGUGGACCUUCAUGAGCAGCAGGAAGAACACAGCAUUGGUCAAGAACAACCGGGAAGGGAUCACGCGCGUCCUCACCACCGACUACGCCAUGCUGAUGGAGUCCACCAGUAUUGAGUACAUCAGCCAGAGGAACUGUAACCUCACGCAGAUAGGAGGACUCAUAGACUCCAAGGGAUACGGAGUAGGAACGCCCAUAGGUUCUCCAUAUAGGGACAAAGUGACCAUCGCCAUCCUUCAGCUACAGGAGGAGGGCAAGCUUCACAUGAUGAAGGAGAAAUGGUGGCGAGGGAACGGCUGCCCGGAGGAGGACAACAAGGAGGCCAACGCGUUGGGUGUGGAGAACAUCGGCGGCAUUUUCAUCGUGCUCGCCGCCGGCUUGGUCCUUUCAGUCUUCGUGGCCAUCGGCGAGUUCAUCUACAAAGCUCGCCGCAACGCUGACAUCGAGGAGGCCUUCUGUUUCUUUUACGGGGUGCAGUCUCGCCAGUUUCAGCGGCGUGGUUCCACUUCCUCCUCUGGAACAUCCUUGUCCACUGAUCUGGAGAGCGGCAGGCUACUUGGUGAUGAAGAAUAAAUAAUAGACUCCACCAUCAGUUGACAAGACAGCUCCCACAGACAUUCCACCACACCUACCCGUCAGGGGCCGACCAAGGCAGAGCAUUUAAUUUUCACUGUGAUAAACUCAAACACACGCAGCAAAAACGCCAGAUUUAGGUGGAAAUAGGGCAGAGGUUUUACUGCAUCCAAGCAGACAGGAGUGUCUCAAAAGUGAUUUGAGGAUUCAAGGUAAUUAUUAUAUUAAAUAGCACCAUGCAUGCACUUUGAAAUGUUGUGAAAAAAAAUCAAUGGAUAAAAUUAGUGUAACUUUGGCUUGAAAUAUUUACAUAAAAUGAACAAUAACUGCCUGUUUUUUUUUUUUCUUUUUACCAAGAAUCCAGACUGUUUUACCUUCAUAUCUAUAGAAAUUCCGCAUUUUACGUGUUUAUUUACAAAAAUUUUCAACUUAAAAAGCUAUUUGUUUCGUGACGGCCGCCAUGUUGGAUUACACAAUACCGUAAUUUUGGCUUGAAAUAUUUAUGUAAAAUGAACGAUAACUGCCCGUUUUUUGCUUUUAACCAAGGAUCUAGACUGUUUUACGUUCAUAUCUAUAGAGAUUCCGUGAUUUAAGUGUUUAUUUGUAAGAAUUUUUAGCUUAAAAAGCUCUUUGUUUCGUGACAGCCGCCAUGUUGGAUUUUGUAUAUCUACACAAUAGCGGGAUUCAGCCUGAAUAAGUUGUGAUUGUACGUAUAUAGAAAAAUGCAAAUUUUGCUUUUAUUAAGUAAAAUUAAGAUGACUGCAUGCUUUCCUUGAGUAUUAAGUUUCUGUUAUGAAAAUUGAGUGAUUUAUUAGCUGUUGAAAACUUGCACUAAAUUUAAAAAAAAAAAAAAAAAAAGUUGCUGUUUUGGGCAAAAACUUGUACGAUAUGUUAAGUAUUGCCAUUGAUCCUGAAAAUAUAGGUGAUUAUCUCUGCAUUUAGUGAUUUUUUUGCAUCUAGCGUGAAAAUAUAGGUGAUUAUCUCUGCAACCUAGUUAUACUUGUUUAAAGAAACAAUAAUAACCAGGAUUUUAUUAGGGAACGAAUUUGAAGUUUUUGAUGUUGCUGCUCAUGAAGACUCAUAUAUGCCUGUUUUGGUUUUAGGACGCUCGCGGCUUUGGUUUUGAAAAUAUUUAAAUUAAGUUUUUGAAAAUAGGCCCCCUAUACGGAUCGGCCUUGUGUCCCGUCAACUGAUAGUGAAGUCUAUGACUGUACUGGUACCGCAUUUUUUGAAAAGUAAAAUAACAUUUCUUUUAAUACAGUGGUACCUCAGCUUACGAACUUCUCGACAAAACCGAAUUUUAAGGUUACGACAUGCCUCAAGGGGAAAAUAUUGCCUCUUGUUAUGAAAGAAAUUUCAGCACACAAGAGGCUAAAGUAAAGUACAGUAUGGGCUGCUACUCGCAGCUCCCAGACUUUAUUGAACGUAACAAACUCAUAGCUGCUCUGCCAUUGGAUAUUGCCUGGCAUCUUCCUGGCAUCCAAUUGGCUAAGAGGGAACUUUAUGUGUGCAUCCCAGCGUCCUCUUCAUUCACCCCUCGGCCAUGAGGUGUUCCGACAGCUUUACGUGAGUGUAUUAACUGUUAUUCUUUAUUCUUUGUUUUUGACAUGAUGCACAACUCACAUUUUAUGUUUAUUGUGCAAUAAUCUAACUGUAAUGUGUGAAUUUAUGUCUUAAUUUUGAUGGGCUUGAAACAGAUUAGGGCAGGGGUCGGGAACCUAUGGCUCACGAGCCAGAUCUGGCUCUUUUGACGACUGCAUGUGGCCCGCAGACAAAUCUUUAAUUAUUUAAAAAAAAAAGUUUCGUUACACUCCUUUGCACAUUGCACGAAAACGGCUACGGUCACCGGCGACUAGAAUGUCGGUUCGCAGUAAUUUUAGUGGGAAAGCGGUAAACAUACAUGUUGUUGUGCCUACAGUGGGGCAAAU